CCGGAAGUACUCGGUUCCUGAGAAGCGUGCUGGUUAAGAAGUAGAGUCAGAGGUCGUGGGGCCAGAAGGCGUUCCUGCCGCUGGCCUAGUCGCUAUGUAGCGGAGGGGCAGGCGUCCUCCUGCAUGUUCUGGAAGGUUCUUGUGCUCCACUAGGGCAGUAGCCCCAAGACUUGUAGUCGCCGGCUUCGGGUCCCUGGCGGCUGAGCGGAGUCGCCGCCAUGUUUGGCUGCUUGGUGGCAGGGAGGCUGGUGCAAACAGCUGCACAGCAAGUGGCAGAGGAUAAAUUUGUUUUUGACUUGCCUGAUUAUGAAAGUAUCAACCACGUUGUGGUUUUUAUGCUGGGAACAAUCCCAUUUCCUGAGGGAAUGGGAGGAUCUGUCUACUUUUCCUAUCCUGAUUCAAACGGAAUGCCUGUAUGGCAACUCCUAGGAUUUGUCACAAAUGGGAAACCAAGUGCCAUCUUCAAAAUUUCAGGUCUUAAAUCUGGGGAAGGAAGCCAACACCCUUUUGGAGCCAUGAAUAUUGUCCGGACUCCAUCUGUUGCUCAGAUUGGAAUUUCAGUGGAAUUAUUGGACAGUUUGGCUCAGCAGACUCCAGUAGGCAAUGCUGCUGUAUCCUCAGUUGACUCAUUCACUCAGUUCACACAAAAGAUGUUGGACAACUUCUACAAUUUUGCUUCAUCAUUUGCUGUCUCUCAGGCCCAGAUGACACCGAGUCCAUCUGAAAUGUUCAUUCCAGCAAAUGUGGUUUUGAAAUGGUAUGAAAACUUUCAAAGACGACUAGCACAGAACCCUCUCUUUUGGAAAACAUAAUUUGAAUAAAAUAAUUUUUAAUGGAUUCUGAAAUUUGUCAUGUUUUGAAGAGAAAUGCCUCCAUUUAAAAGUACGAAGUCAAAAGAGGAUCAUGAAGCCUAAGUUUAAAAACUGCUUAUUGACUGAAGCUUAAUGAAAAUCUUCAUAAAAAAUUAAAAACAUGGAAAAAUGACAAUAUGUUCCUUAUUAAUGAAUUUUUCUCCCUUAAGCUUAAAAUAUUCAGAGGCAAAACACUUUGUUUUGGCUAGGAUUCAUUUUUUACUUAAAAAUAAAGCAUAUUCAUAACAA